CAAGAAGCCAAGUCCAACAGUUCACGCGCGUCAAACAUUAACUCGACAAACGCGUGUCGCAACUCCUGCAACUUCAUGUAGACGCGAAUCUACAGACAACGCGGGAGAAGAAUGGCGACAGCAUGGUCUCUGCAAAUCUUCAAGAGACAGCAGCAUUUCCUUAACAAGGUGCAUUCAACAGAGCUGGCCAGAGGUUUUGUGCAUACAAGUGAUGAAGGCUGGUUGAGUUCCAUGUUUGCACACAAAGUGGAUGCCAGGAAAGAUGCCCACUCCAAUCUGCUCUCCAAGAAAGAAACCAGCAACCUCUACAAGAUUCAGUUUCACAAUGUCAAACCAGAAUACAUGGAGGCAUACAAUAAAAUGUCGGAUGAGGUACAGAAAGAACUUCAUCGUGAUGCAGAUUAUCCGUGUGAAGUCGUUGGAAGUUGGAACACCUGGUACGGUGAACAGGAUCAGGCAGUGCAUCUCUGGAGGUAUUCUGGUGGAUAUCCUGCUCUUACAGAGUGUUUGCGUAAACUCAACAGCAAUGUGGCGUAUCUUGCAUUUCGAAAAGAGAGGAGUAAAAUGUUGAUCUCCCGACACAACCAGCUUCUUCUGGAGUUUAGUUUCUGGAACGAGCCUCUGCCCAGAAGCGGCCCCAACAUUUAUGAACUGAGAACAUAUCAGCUACUACCAGGAACUAUGAUCGAAUGGGGAAAUAAUUGGGCUCGAGCAAUCAAAUAUAGACAGGAAAACAAUGAAGCAGUGGGUGGCUUCUUCACACAGAUCGGUGAAUUGUAUGUUGUUCAUCAUUUAUGGGCCUAUAAAGACCUGCAGUCCAGACAAGAGACCAGAAAUGCUGCUUGGUUGAAAGAGGGCUGGGAUGUCAAUGUGCACUAUACAAUGCCUCUUAUCCGAAAGAUGGAAUCAAGAAUAAUGAUCCCCAUGGAACAUUCACCUCUGCAGUAAAAUCAACAGUGUUUCACCUCUGAUGAUCCCAAAUACACAAUCCACCAGGAGAUAUGUACUGUUUAGUUGUGACUUUACUCAAACUCGCCUGAAGUCUUCAGGUCCUUCUAGAAGUAGACAGACAGUUGUGUUAGAGUAGAGCAGGACCUAAACUCUGAAAGAUGUUGUGCAAAAGUGUGCCAAUGUUAAAACCAAUCUGAGAAUUACAUUGACAGACCCCAGUGCCUUUGCGUGAAGUAUAUAUAUCAUAAAAAAAUUACAGUCUUGUUUUUAGUCAUCAUUCUCCUUUUCUAAUGCCUCAUUUGGCCCGUUGGAGUGCAUGAGGAAACUGCCUGUCAACAUAACUUUUCAUUUACAA